AUGGCGCCACCUGGGCCAGGACGGCGCUUGCGCGAUACCAGCGAGAAGCGAGAGAAAAACACGCGGUUCUCGCUGUUGGAUAUGUCACACAUGUCGCUCCCGACGGCUUCUGUACCCCCGGCGGUGACCGCGGCGCCGCCACCCAACCUGGUCAUCGGAAUCGACUUCGGCACGCACGCCUCAGGGUUUGCUUUUUACAAGCGAGCUCAUGCUGGGGCUGGGGCUGGGGCUGCUGCUUCUGCCUCCGGCUCCGUGUCGGCGGAAGUGUUCCCCCGGGUGUCCACACAUGACCGCUGGCCCGACCAGCCCAUCGUCGAUGCCAAGACACGAACGGCACUGCUGUACAAGAAGGACAGGGUGGAUGCCUGGGGCUGGACGGCGUGGAAGCGCUGGUCAGAGAUGUCGUCGUCCGAGCGCAGUGCCCAGUCGUACAGCUACAUGGAGAACUUCAAGCUGCUGUUGGAGGAUGGCGCUGAUGCGGAUGUGGACACGGUGUGCCCCCUGCCGGCCGGGGUGACACGGGUGCAGGCGGUGGCGGACUACCUGGGGGAGAUGAGGAAGUACAUCCGCGAACACCUGAGGCGCUCUGCGGGCGUCAUACUACACUCCGAUGAGUUGGUGUGGUGCCUGACUGUGCCCGCGAUCUGGAGUGACGCGGCCAAGGCACGGAUGAGAGAGGCGGCGCACAGGGCGGGACUGAUCAUCGCGGUAGAGGCUGGGUCCUUGGUUUUGACGUUGGAGCCUGAGGCAGCGGCGAUGACAGCGGUAAAUACGGCUAAUGAGACUACGCUGAAAGAUAACGACGUGGCGCUUGUGCUGGACUGCGGCGGUGGCACUGCGGAUGCGACGUUGCACUGCGUGAGGGGCUCGGGAUCUGCUGUACGGCUGGAGGAGGCGGCUGUCGGGCGCGGUGUUCUGGCGGGCGGUGCACACGUGGACUCCGCCGCCUGGUCGUACAUCCGCGACCUGCUGGGUGCACGACAAUGGGACAAGUGGAAGGAGGCGCAUCCGGACGAGGUUGCCCAGCUGAAGAGCAGGCGAGGGCUGUCUAAACCCAGCAGCAGGCAGGGCUGGGUUAACUCAGAUCUAAAUCUGGUGCUGCCCCCCGAGGUCGUGUCUAAGAGGUUGAUGGACUCUACGGUGGACAAGAUAACGGAGCUGAUGCACGAUGUCAUUAACGAAGGUGCUCGGCUGGGCAGCAAAUGCAACAAGAGCCGGGUACGGCGGUCGCUGCCGGAGGGAGCCGCUCUGGUGGUGCCGUCAGACCCAGGGGCUGCCGUCGUGACAGGUGCCGUGCUGUACGGAGCUAUGCCCAUGGUGGUGUCCGCUCGCCGUUCGCGCUUGGGUUAUGGUGUCGGCACUACCCGGCCGUGGACCUCGCAUGAUGCCAUUCACGCGGCAUCCUUUGGCGCGCCAGAGAAGCGCUGGCACAGCGAGAAGAACUGCUACUAUGCGUUUGGCACAUACCAUCCGUUCGUGAAGCACGGGGAGCUGAUCAGCGUGGACAAAGUCGUUCGCCACGGUUUCACACCGCUUUACAAGUAA